AGACCUCGAAUUCUUGCGGUAUGAAUUAACCCCUCAAAUCAAAUUUCAACCGGUUAGGGGAGUUAGCCUCGGGAUAACCGGCUUUCAUCGCUGCUGUGUAGCGCGUGCUCCUAACCUGGCCCAUUCGAGCCGCAAACUUGCCAAACUUUCAAACGCAACUAGGUGGUCGCUACAGGAUUCCCAGCGGUUCAUGGCUGAGUUCAACCCAUCGGCAGAUAUGCGGCUGCCGAAACGCUUACAGGCUUUCCAUCCUAUAGCAUGCUCCCAGAAACGGAUCUGUGUGACCCCGGAUCGAGGGAACAUCCCAAGCCCUGAUGAUGAUCUGGCAAAUCUCCAGCCCAGAUCGCGAGAGGAUAUCACAAGUGGGCCAAGCAGCAACACCGAGGCAUUUUUGGGACAGUGUCAAGAUGUCUACAUGAGCGAUGACAGCUUCAAAACUCUCCCUUUCGCCGACCCAAGUCCAAGCAACAUAGGGGAUAAAGUCGUUGAAGGAGUUGAGGCUAACAUCCAGGAGAUUUGCUACGGCGCACUCUGUGACGCCCAUGCACUGCUCAGCGGUUCAACUAAGGGGAAGUCUAUAGUACAAGACAACACACGCUUCCAGAAAUUUCAUAUCAUCCUCCACGAAGACUCCUUCUAUCUCUUGUCAGGAGAGAAUGAAGUCGUUGCAGUGCUUGACGUGGACACUUGCAAGGCUCUCCAACAGUUGCAUGGUCACCAAGGGGUCAGGGCAACCGCCUUUGUGGAAACUUCAAGAUUGACGCAAAUGCGUGCUAAGGGGAGUUCUAAAGGCAGGUUCCUUCUCUCCAUCAAUAUAUUUGGCACACAAGCUGAGGCCAACGAAAUUGGAGAUAAACUCUCCGAGAUGUCCGCAUUCCUUCAGCACCCAAUCUUCCUAGAACCUGGGUAUGAGUACUUCAAUCCCCAGUAUUAUCACAGUGGAGGCGGAAUAAAGUACAUGACGUACCUCGUAGGGUUGAAUGAGACUGAGUAUCGCCAAAAACGGAUAUCGGAUGACGUCGAGGGUGUUUUCGAUUCUCUCGACACCAUGAGUUCGGAUGACGUCGACACCAUCCUGGAUGCGCAGCCUGAUACCAUUAUGACUCCCUUAAAGAUCCACCAGAGAGCAGCCCUUGCCUUCGUCCGGCGGAGAGAAAACCACAAUGCUUGCCAAAGAGCCAACGAAACCCUUCGUCGUUUUAUUGGAAUAUCGCCCAAAGACUAUACCCCUUCUUAUUCCAUGGGCGGAAUUCUGGCUGAUGUUAUGGGAUUGGGCAAGACUCUGUCUAUGAUUUCGGCCAUUGUGUCCUCACUUCCACAUGCGGUCAGGUAUGCGACGGCAGAGUAUCAAGAUUUCGCUUCGCCGACAUCCGGAUGCCAAAGUAGAGCGACUUUAGUUGUUGUGACAUCAAUGCAGGUCCUGGAUGUUUGGAAGAGAGAAGUUUCAAUCCAUGUUCAGCCUGGUACCUUAAAUAUCUGCACAUUCCACGGCUCGAGUCGCCCGAAGUCGCCCGAAGUGGUCAUCGAUCACGAUUUGGUCCUGACAACCUACGCAACUUUAUCAGCCGACUUCAACAAUCUUAGGGUACUACAGAAAGUCGAGUGGUACAGGGUUGUCUUGGACGAAGCUCACUGGAUUCGGAAUCAGAAUUCGAACCAAUUUCGCGCUACUGAAAGCCUCACUGCCGAGAGAAAGUGGUGCCUUACUGGGAGUCCGAUUCAAAAUCGGUUGAAUGAUAUGGAAUCUCUUUUGAAGUUUCUUCACUUUGAGCCUUUCUCACGUACUUCCAUCUUCUUGAAGCACAUCCUUACACCGCUCAGCAGAGAUACCCCUGACCGAGCUGUGAAUCUUAGAGCACUGCUCCACGCAAUUUGCUUGCGUCGGAAUGAAAAAUACCUCGAUCUACCAGACCCUCUCUAUGAACAGAUUAAUAUCGAACUCGCCGAUAAAGAGAGGCUGGUGUACAACAGCAUCCUGAAAAAGUGCGCCCGGGACAUCGACAAUUUGGUCAGCACCAAGGGGAAAAUCAAGAAAUACCACAUUCUGUUUGCCGCCAUCAUGAAACUACGAAGGCUUUGCAAUCACGGGACUUUCUCCUCAGCUCAAAUUUCGCACUCAACCACGUUUCAGAAUAGUGCAGAUGAUGAGCGUGACUGCGACUUUUGCAGUGGCGAUGAUGAAGAUGAACUAGCACUGCUCAGUAAUAAUGAGUUUUGCACAGAAUGUGGCAGACGUCUGUCCAGCACGUCACGAGGACCUGAGUCAAAAAGCCUUGGCUUAGGUAGUGGCGCAUCUGUCCCGUCAUGGGAUGGCGAUCCGAAUGUCUCCCAGCCCAGUUCUCAAGGCUUCUUGAGUCCCGGGCCUGCGCCUCAAGGGCUCUCGACAAAGCUUCUGGCAGUGGUGAAAAACCUGGAAAAGUCUCCGCCAGGCUCGAAAAGUCUCGUCUUUUCGUAUUGGACAUCAACUCUGGAUUUGCUGGGGGGUUUUCUGCAAGAGAGACAAGUUCGCUUUCUGAGGAUCGACGGGCGAGUCACGUACAGCGAGCGUCUAGGAGAUCUUGCCCUUUUUUCGCAAAAUCCGGAGAUCGCAGUCUUGCUGAUGUCAAUAGGGACGGGUUCCGUCGGUCUCAAUUUGACGGUUGCGAACUACGUACACCUUGUUGAGCCGCAGUGGAAUCCAUCAGUUGAGGAACAGGCUGUUGCAAGAGCCGUCCGUAUAGGUCAAACUCGCCCAGUUACGGUCAUGAGAUAUAUCACGAAGGGAACAGUUGAAGAGAACAUCCUCAGUUUGCAAAAGAAGAAAAGCAAUCUAGCAAAGUUUACUUUGGACAGUGAACCGGAGGAAGGAGAAUCAGGGAAACUAGAAGAUCUUAAAUUUAUUCUCGAUUUAAAUUUAACUUAAUAACGGAAAUUCCCAGCUUAAUACUAAGUUUAAUAUUAUUCAAAUCACUAUUUUAACUACU